AUGGUUUCGUCGACAGAACUCGCCCGUCUACGACGUCUGCAGCGAGCUCGGAAAGGUGGUAUUGAAUUCUCCAACACCUCUCGACAAAGCACAGAUAAAACAGGCAAUCAAGCUGCGGUGACGACAGUAACAGCUGAAGAUCUUGAAAAUGAGAAGAUACGAGCUAUGUGCGAUCGGUUUACAGCGUACACUGGCCAAACAGUGGAUGUUGACAAGCAUAUACAGCAGAUGCCCGACGAUACUGCUGGCUCAAACGAUUCUGCAACUAGCCUAGCAAGCUCCGACAGUCUUUCGACAACGGUGGCUUUGCAGCGCGAGCCAGCGUCUCUGGGUAAACUGCACGAGAUUGAUCUCGGGCAAGAAACGAAACUUCAGAACAUCGCUCGGACAGAAGCUGCGACGAGGAGACUUGUGGGAGAUGAUCGUAGUGCAUCGCCAGCCCACGAAGACUCUACUUCCAGCAUCGCUGCUUCAGGGAAGGAUGGCAGGCCGUGGCGCAAUCGGAAACGGCGAAACAGCGAGGAUAUCGAAAGAGACAGGCUGGUGGAAGAAGUCCUGCGUGAAAGCAAAUUGGACGUUUAUGAUGGACCUGAAGAGGAAGCCCUGCCAGACGAUCAGGCGGCUGAUGAUAGGGUUGCGGAGCAAUUUCGGAGGGAGUUCCUCGAUGCCAUUCAGUCUCGUCGCCGCGUGACCCGAACGAAGAAUACGAAGACCGCAGCGAAGCCCGACGUCCCAAGGGGUCCUAAACUGGGCGGUAGCCGGAGUGCAAGAGCUGCGAUGCGUGAGAGACAAGAGAAAUCGGCAGGACGAAAGUGA